AUGUUCCAAAACAAACAAUUUUCCCAGCCCAACCAAACUCAGGUGAAGCAUGCAGUGCAUGACAAUAUGGUCACUGCACCAUGGACUGGGCAAGGAGUACAACAGGUCAAUCAUCAAACUCCUCACAACGGCUACCAUCAGGUCCCGCAGCCCCAUGUUGAGGCAAACGGUCGGCCAGUCCAUCCAGGAGUCAGUCCACAGCAGCACGCCUUUGCUAAUCAGGUUAACGUCAUGCCUGGUACCGAAUUCCAAAAUGGCAAUACCGUAAUGGCCCCAAUUCCACAUGCCGCAGGACCAAACCAUGCGCAAACGCAUACGCGGGCGCAUCACCACUUUCAGAAUAACAACACCUAUAUGCAGUCUUUCCAGCCCAUGGAUCCUGAAUAUGAGGUGCAGCAACCACCUCUCAACAGCAGUGUUCAGCCCAUGAAUCCUGGAUAUGGGGUGCAGCAAUCACCUCUCAACAACAAUAUCCAGCCUAUGAAUCCUGGAUACGGGAUGCAGCAACAAGCUCUUAACAGCAAUAUCCAGCCCAUGAAUCCUGAAUAUGAGGUGCAGCAACCACCUCUCAACAGCAGUGUUCAGCCCAUGAAUCCUGGAUAUGGGGUGCAGCAAUCACCUCUCAACAACAAUAUCCAGCCGAUGAAUCCUGGAUACGGGAUGCAGCAACAAGCUCUUAACAGCAAUAUCCAGCCCAUGAAUCCUGAAUAUGAGGUGCAGCAACCACCUCUCAACAGCAGUGUUCAGCCCAUGAAUCCUGGAUAUGGAGUUCAGCCACCAGCUCCCAACGGCAAUGGGCCUGUAUCAAACAACAAUCACGGCAACGGCAGCGGCAGCAGUCCUAACAGACAAAUGUCCGGGACUCAUCGCAAUGAGGCUUUCAAUGUGCCUAGUCAAAAUGGCCAGAGCAACACGAUGAUGGCACACCAGAAUGGAGUAUCUCACUCCCUUGAUGGGGUGACCUUCGGAGUUCCGCCCCAAAUGCAGGGAACUCAUCACAAUGAAUUCUUCAGUGUAUCUAACCAGAUCGGGCAGAAUAACAAUAUGAUCGCAAACCAGAAUGGAGUGGCUCAACCUCCUCAUGAAGUGAACCCUGGAAAUUCUCCCCACAAUCAAGGAUCCCAGCAGGGUAGUCCCUUCCGUGGGCCCAACCACCUUGGACAGAAUAACACUGCGGUUGCUCACCAUCAGAUGAAUCCCAGAGCGCCUUCUUACAUUCCGGGAACUCAUCAUAAUGAGCCAUUCCAUGAACCAAACCAUCGGGGACACGGCAACGUAGGGCCACCCCAGAACAGAACGAUCCAGCCUUUCCCUGGAAUGAAUCCUGAACAUCUUCCGCCGCAUUCGUCCCAGCCUCACCCAUCUGCUCCGCAUCAUCCUGUGCCGGACGGGUUAAAUGUCCCGCCACAUUCGGAAUUUAAUGGAGUCCAACAAACCAAUGUAGGGCAUCCCAAUCCAGAGAGCAACGACAUGCACCCCGGCAUUCAUCAUCCUAACCAGGGAGUACUGGCGGGAAGUUUCGAAGGUAACCAAACAGGGGCGGUUAUUACCCAUCCACACGGUCCACCCCAAACCUAUCAACAGGACGCACCAGCCCCUAAUCCGGGUUUUGUUAAUCCGACCAUUCCAGGAUAUCAGCCAGAUGUUCAUGCAUGGCCCAAUAACUCCCAUGCGCCUGCCCCUGUCGCUCAAGCGCCUAACAGAUUUUCUGACCCCGGAACCGUUCAUCGGAAUCCAUCAAACGCCGGAUUCACGAUGCCGCCAUCCUCGAAUGGAAUGGGUACGGGAGUCCAAGCUCCCAACGCAAUGGGUCAAAACACCCCGCCGAAUGCCAAUCCUCCGUUUCCACAGGAUGGACAGUUCAACCACCCGUCUAACGGUGGUACUCAGCCGGCCAAUGAUCAAAAUAUUGAAAAUAUGGGAAAUCCAAAUGGCUUCCAUACAGGUAGUCAGGGGUUCCCGAAUGGCAUGGCCUAUCAUCCAGUUCCUGCACCUCAGCCAAGCGACUCAAAUGCUGCCCAGCAUAUGAAUCAGAAUAAUCGCAGUUUCCAGAAUGGUGUGGUCCAUCAUCCAGCUUCUGCACCUCAGCCAAGCAACUCAUAUGCUGCACAGCAUAUGCAUCAGAACAAUCAUGGUUUCCAAAAUGGUGUGGUCCAUGACCCUGUGCCUCAGCGAAGCAACUCAUAUGCUGCCCAGCAUAUGAAUCAGAAUAAUCACAGUUUCCAAAAUGGUGUGGUUCAUCAUCCAGUUCCUGCACCUCAGCCAAGCGACUCAAAUGCUGCCCAGCAUAUGAAUCAGAAUAAUCGCAGUUUCCAGAAUGGUGUGGUUCAUCAUCCAGUUCCUGCACCUCAGCCAAGCGACUCAAAUGCUACCCAGCAUAUGAAUCAGAAUAAUCGCAGUUUCCAGAAUGGUGUGGUCCAUCAUCCAGCUCCUGCACCUCAGCCAAGCAACUCAUAUGCUGCCCAGCAUAUGCAUCAGAACAAUCAUGAUUUCCAAAAUGGUGUGGUCCACGACCCUGUGCCUCAGCGAAGCAACUCAUAUGCUGCCCAGCAUAUGGAUCAGAACAAUCAAGGUUUCCAAAAUGGUAAUCAUGGUUUCCAAAAUGGCGUGAUCCAUGACCCUGCGCCUGGCGCUCAACCAAAUGGUAAUUCGCAUGCCGCGCAUGCCGGACGCCCAUACACUGGACAGCAUGCGAAUAUCGAGGCAGGGAGCAACAGGGUUACUCGUAAGGCGGGUGAGGGAGAAGCCACGGGGCAGUAUCCGGCUUUAGCUCCAGUGCCAACCGUGGCCCUGAAUCGACAAGUCUAUGCACAAAGAUUCGAACAGCGUCCCGCUCAAUAUCACAACUUGGAGUCUCGGCAAAUCCAGAAUUCGCAAAUCGGGCACGGCGUGGGUGCACCCCCUCAACCAUACGUGAUACAAGCCCCAAUACGACGCCAUACUAUUCCUAUUGAUCCUUGUGUAAGAAUGUGGAGACUGAAGAGAGAUAACCGCGGUAAUUCGACAAGAGGGGUGAGGAGGCGCGCGCAACCAGGGCAGCCAAGAGCAACGAGGCGAAGUACUGGUACAACUUCCAACCAGCCACCAUCGCACUCGCAGUCGAAUGGAGAAGGCGGGCUGGCACCUAUUCCACCUAGCAUAUCUCAACCGACCCCGGAGCAGGGCACCCAGAGCGGCGGUGCGCCGCGGGUUCAACCCAUCUCACAGCCGAAUGGACACCCGACAGUACCCACGUCCGCUGAAACGCCUGCAGGCGUACACCCAGCGCCACAGGAGAAUGGCUAUCCAGCUCCAUACGCGAACGACAACCGAGAGAACAGAGAAAAUAUUUAUCCGGCCGAGUUACAGUGCGGUAAUGGUGGUGUGUCUCCAGACCCAGCUGUGUUUCAAGAGCCCGCGAACCCCACACGAGGUCAAAGGAUAGAUUGGGCCCCUCCUAGCGUACCCGCAGCAUCAGCCAACGGUAUGGAGACAGCUCCUACGCAGAAUGGCAACCCAGAGAAUGCAGCAUUAGGCGGUCUUCCGGACGAGGCACAGUUCGAUACGUCUGUCGGAUCGUGGUUCACUGAGUUUUAUGACCCAAGGUGUAUCGACGACCAAUCCGACGUGGGUCAACGUUAUGCGGAACAGAUGGACCAUACCAAUACUCCCGGAGACCUUGGGCAGAUUCCAGCGUCAACCCGGCUGAGCCCAACCCAACUCAACGCGGGUCAGUUAACAGCAGAAGACUUCGAUGAAUCGAUGCAAAUGAUAGAACCGAUUGGCCACGACAACACUCCUGGAUACCCUGUGCAGCUUCCAUCGUUAGCAGGGUCCAGCAGCUCGGCGCAACCCAGCAACGUAGGCCUGCCUGGUCAAGAAGAGAUGGAGGUGGACCAUGGAAAUACUCCCGGCGGGCCUGCGCAGAUUCCAUCAUCAACAGGGUCCAGCUCGGCUCAACCCAGCAACAUAGGCCAGCCUGGUCAAGAAGAGAUGGAGGUGGACAAUGGAAAUACUCCCGGAGGGCCUGCGCAGAUUCCGUCACCAACAGGGUCCAGCUCGGCCCAGCCUAACGCGAGUCAGUUUAGAGCAGAGGACUUUGAAGAAACAAUGGCGAUGAUGCGCGAUGAUGAUGAUGAUGAUGGGAAUCCCGUGCAAUCGAGUAACGACGAGAGCUGUGGAUCAAGAAACGAGCAAUGA